GGAUUUCAGAGCGCUGAAUAUCGUGAUGGAAACCACGUUCGUGUCUGUGCUUCAGCAGCACUCCGUCAUCUCGGCAGGAUGUUUUAUUCUGCUAUUCUAUGUGGCUCGUACAAUCUAUAGUGUAUACUUCGGACCUCUAGCAAAAUUUCCCGGGUCAAAACUCGCUGCUGCUACGCUAUGGUAUGAGUUCUAUUACGACGUAAUCUUGAUGGGCUGCUAUACAUUCAAGAUCCAAGAAUGGCAUAAAGAAUACGGUCCAAUAAUCCGCAUCAGCCCCUACGAACUCCACAUCGACGAACCAGAAUACUACGAAGAACUCUACUCCCACCACAAACCCCGCGACAAAUACCCCUUCUACGUCAACCAAUUCGAGCUCCCCGGCUCGACCUUCGGCACCGUCUCCCACCGUCUCCACCGCCGCCGCCGCGCAGCCCUCAACCCCUUCUUCUCCAAGCAACAGAUCAACCGGCUCCAACCCAUGCUCACGCACAUGAUCUCCAAGCUCUGCAGCCGCAUCGACGAGUUCGAAGAGUCGGGACAGCCAAUGGGGAUGAGACCCGUGUACAUGUGUCUCACGACCGAUAUCGUGACGCUGUAUGCGUUGAAUCAGAGCUGGGGGUAUUUGGAUAGUGAGGAUUUUGCGCCGCUGUGGGUGGAGACUAUUAAGGCGGUUACGGUGGCUGGGGCGGUGAUUAAGCAGUUUCCGUGGGUUUUGCCGUUGAUGAGGAUCUUGCCGAGGGGGGUGGUGAGGGUGAUGGAUCCGGGGAUGAUUAUGUUGCUUGAGUGGCAGGAGAAAAUACAAGCAAAUACGCAAGCAGUGAUCGAUGGGAGGUAUAAGACGACGCAGGAAGGAACUGAGUUGGGACUCGAUAAAACGAUCUUUCAUGCGCUGCUAGAGUCUGAUCUCCCGCCGGAAGAUAAGUUGCAUUCGAGAUUGUGGCAGGAAGGUCAGGUUGUUGUUGGGGCGGGAGCUGAUACGACGGCUAAUGCGCUUACGGUUACGCAUUUUCAUAUCUUGGAUAACCCUGAUGUGCAGAAGAGGUUGAGGGACGAGCUUGUAGCGGCGUUGCCUGAUAAGUCUGCGUCGGUGGAGUUGAGGGUUGUUGAGCAGUUGCCGUACUUGAAUGCAGUAAUCCAAGAAGGAUUCCGAUUAUCAUACGGAGUCAGUACGCGCUUGCAGCGAAUCCAUCCGAAGGAAAGCAUGAGGUUUCAAGAUUACGAGAUUCCCGCUGGUACACCAGUAGGCAUGACCUCAGUCCUCAUGCACACCAACCCCACCAUCUUCCCCGACCCGCACGUCUUCCGCCCCGAACGCUGGCUAGAGAAACGACCUGAGGGAGCACCGCCUCUGGAUCGCUACCUUGUGAACUUUUCCAAGGGCUCGAGGCAGUGUGUUGGGAUUAAUUUGGCGAAAGCGGAGAUGUAUCUCACGCUUGCGACGGUGUUUCGACGGUAUGAGGGGCAGAAGUUGUUUGAGACGACGAGGAGAGAUGUGGAUUUGAAGCAUGAUUUGUUUUUGCCGAGUGCGGAGUUGGAUAGUAAGGGUGUGAGGGUGGUUUUUAGUUAGGUGAGAGGAAAUGUGGAGGUGUUGAUAUUUUGGUUGUGGGGUUCACAUUCUUGAAUCAGCUGUAUGCACGGAGGAUUGUCGUUCAUGCUUGUCCCUAACAUUUGAGUAUUCCGAAAACUGGGCACAAAGUAAGCAGCUGCACACAGUCGCUCUACCUUUUAAAGGUAAUGAUGAUGCAUUGCUCUCUAACGCAUAC